AUGUCUGAGCAAAGCAGUAUAGGAGCCCUUUUCGAGUACUUGAACAAGAGAGAUGAGUGUGAAAAUUCCAAUGAUUACGAUGGUGAAAACUUUGGGGCUCGUGUGUCGGCCGUUUUCGUCAUUUUGGUUACUGCGGGUAUUGGGUCGUACUUUCCAAUCCUUUCGUCAAGAUAUUCGUUCAUCAGAUUGCCAUGGUGGUGUUUCUUUGGUGCUAAAUACUUUGGAAGCGGUGUCAUUGUAGCUACUGCAUUUAUUCAUUUGUUGGAGCCAGCUUCUGAUGCUUUAACCAAUGAGUGUUUGACUGGUCCUAUAAGUGAGUACCCAUGGGCAUUUGGGAUCUGUUUGAUGACUUUGUUUGUUUUGUUCUUUAUGGAGUUGGUUGCUUACCGUUUUAUCGACAAAAAGGUUAGUUCGAUGACUGAUGACAUUGAAGAAGGCGGCGGUCACACUCACUCCCAUUUCGGUGACGAGUCGUUGUACGUAAAAAAGAAAGUUGAGCCCAAGAAAGAAGAAGAUGAAGAGGAAACGGAGUUGAACGAAUCCGGUCACGAGGCUGAAAAACAAGUCGCCCCUCCUAACCCAUACCCCAAUCAUUUCCUGCAUGCUGCUGAACAUCAAGAUCCAAGUGUAAUGGGAACACCAGUCAAUGAUCAAAACAAAGAACAAUAUUACGGACAGUUGCUCAAUGUUUUCGUUUUGGAGUUUGGUAUUAUUUUCCACUCAAUCUUUAUAGGUUUGUCAUUAGCAGUCGCAGGUGACGAGUUCAAGACUCUUUACAUUGUCUUGGUUUUCCAUCAAAUGUUUGAAGGUUUGGGUUUGGGAACUAGAAUUGCAACCACCAACUGGGGUGACCACAAAUUCACUCCCUGGUUGUUGGCUCUUGGGUACACUCUUUGUACACCAAUUGCAAUUGCUAUUGGGCUUGGUGUAAGACACUCUUAUCCACCAGGAUCAAGAAGAGCUUUAAUCACCAAUGGUGUGUUUGACUCAAUUUCUGCAGGGAUUUUGGUAUACACAGGUCUUGUUGAGUUAAUGGCACACGAAUUCUUGUACAGCGGAGAGUUUAAAGGCGCAGAUGGAUUCCGUAGGAUGUUGGCGGCUUACUUUAUCAUGUGUUGGGGUGCUGGUUUGAUGGCCUUACUCGGUAAAUGGGCAUAA